CUCCGGAACGGAAUUACUGUUGCUGUGAAGAGGAUUGAAGUGAAUCAAUUCACAAUUGAUGACAUGUCAUUUUGCCGUGAGUUUGAUAGCCUGAUGAAGAUCAACCAUCAAAAUGUAGUCCGGUUUCUUGGCUUCUGUUCUAAUACACAUCAUACAUCAAUAGAAGAGGCUGGAGAAAUUAACCUUGUCAAUGUUAGAGAAAGAUUGCUCUAUUUUGAGUACAUCCGCAAUGGAAGUCUUGAUAAGUAUAUUACUGGUACUUCGAAGGUGGAGGCAUAGGUGGAAUAAGCCACCGACGUUACUACAAUACCAGCAAGUAAAUAGAUGUAUUGAAAUAGCGGUAUGCUGCAGGCACAAAGAACCGCAAGCUAGACCUUCUAUAGGUGAUAUAAUCGGCAUUCUUUCUGAAUCUGGAAGUACGGAUGGGCACACUGGCCAGGAAAGCUCCUAUCUGGAAGAUGACAUGCUUUGUAUUGAGCCGCUCGAGCUUAAGAUUAACCAAGAGAUGUCAUGGUUAGUUAAGCUAACGAACAUGACAAAGGCCUGUUUUGCCUUCAACAUUAAAAGACCCAGCGAGCAGUACACCAUAUGGCCAGACAAAGGCAUUGUGACACCAGGAUAUGUAACGAGUGUCUUGUUCAGAUAACAUUGCAGCCACAACAGAGGGCACCACAAGUUACACAGAACGCUGACAAGUUCAUCUUGCAGAGCACAAAAGUGCCCAAGAGUCUUAGAGAUGAGGAUAUCAUUGAAAAUAUAUUCCAUGAAGAGGUUGGUAAAGUGGUUGAUGAGGUGGAUUUGAUGGUUGUGUAUGAGCCUACGAAGCACCAAGAAAACUGUAAGAGCAGAAAAGACACCAACAUGCCAGCUGAGGAAUUUCCCGUGGUGAAGAAGAAAAAGAUUGUUGGGUCUGUUUUUGGAAAGAGCAAACUUGUUAGUAGCAAAAUUGCAGAGGCAACUUCCAUGGGUGCCAAUUCAAGCGAGCAAGGACAAUGUAUGGAGCAAACAGAGCUGUUUAUUUUACACCCACUACAAAGCUUUUCACACCAUUAUUCUACCAACAUGAGAUACCUCGAGAAAGAAAACGACAGAGCCGUGGAUCAACCAACGGGGGCUAUGGGCAGCGUACUCGACAAGUUGGGCAAGCUCCUUGAGGUGGACUACAAUCUUGAGGACAACAUCAAGACAGAUAUCAAGUCUUUUUCCGAAAAGUUGAUGAAGAUGCACCAAAUCCUCAGCAAGAAGGGAAAGCUUGAUGGGGUCAAGAUUUGGGUUGACCAAGUCAGGGAGAUGUCAUAACACAUAGAGGAUAUGGUCGACGGAUUCCUGGUGCACGUCGAGCCUAACUCUAAUUCGAGUUGCUUUAGGGAGCUUACGCAUAAAGGGCUAACACUUUGGGAGAAUGGCAUGACGACUCACCAUCAGAUUGGUGAUGUGAUCAGACAGAUCAAGAACCAAGUUCAGGAUGUGGCCGACAUGCAAGAGAAUUAUAACUUCAAUGUCAACAAUGUUGUGGCUAAUGCAACUGCAAUAUCUGCCACUGACCUUGGGAUUUCAGCUAUGUAUGUAAAUAAAGAACGACUCAUUAGCAUCAAGGCGCCAAGAGAUGAGCUAAUAAGGCUAUUUGAGGAGGAUAGCGAUUAUACAAAGCUCAAGACAGUCUCUAUCGUUGGAAUGGGAGGACUGGGAAAGACUACACUUGCCAAGGCAGUGUGUGACAAGCUUAAAAAAGAUUACCAUCAUAGAGCUUUUAUUCCGGUGGGUCAGAAUCCUGAUGUGAAGAAAGUUUUGAAGGACAUUCUGUUGGAAUUAGGACACAGUUCAGCAAUCCUAGACUUGGAUGUGCGUCAGCUCAUCAACGAACUCAGAAAGGCCCAUGGCCCAUGGCCAGCGCAAUGGACUGUUGGUCGGGAAAGGCCCGUGGCAAGCCCAACAGAUUGUUGGUCGGAAAGAUAUGUUGGUCGGGAAACGGUUUUCCCGUCUGGUCUUUUCUCAGUAGACAGUGUCGGUCGGCAAUAGUCUUUCCCAACUGUUUGUGGGUGGAACUUGUAUGCCUGACCAACCUGGCUUUUAGAGAUGUGUGUUAUGGUGUAAGUGACAAUUGUUUGCAGAAAAGGGUUUCAAGUGGAAUGAUCAAGCCACAAAGGCUUUUCUGGCUCUGAA